AUGAAGGGCACAUUGAUCCUAUCUGGCCUUUUGGCUAGCACUGUUUCGGCUCACAUGCAGUUGAGCAAUCCAUACCCUAUCCGCAGUCCCCUUAACAAGGACGCCAAGGGCCAGAAGGAUUAUUCUUACACCAACCCCCUAUCCACCUCUGGUAGCGACUAUCCAUGCAAAGGCUACGCCGAUGAUGACUUUGAGGCCGUGGAUACGUGGGCCCCAGGCUCGUCCCAAGAGAUGUCACUGGAAGGGAGUGCUGUCCAUGACGGCGGCUCAUGCCAGCUUGCCCUGACUUAUGACCAGGGUAAGACCUUCAAGGUCAUUGAGUCGAUCGAGGGUGACUGCCCUAUUGAUAAGAAGUACAAAUUCGAUGUACCCUCGGACGCACCAAGCGGCGAUGCUCUGUUCGCUUGGACGUGGUUCAACAAGGUUGGCAACCGCGAGAUGUAUAUGAACUGUGCUAUGGUCACAAUCGGUGACUCCAGCAACCGCAGCGCUACUCUCGAUUCCGAGCACCGUGAGGCCAAAGAGGCCCCCAAGCAGACGCUCAACGAGAAGACCACCGAGAAGGGGCCCAACAACAAGGCCAACACCCAUACCACGAAUGCCGACAGCAGCUUCGAUAGUCUCCCUGAUAUCUUUGUCGCCAAUGUUGGCCAGGCUGGCGACUGCGUGACAAUUGAGGGCGAGGCCGUUCACUUCCCCAAGCCCGGUCCUAAGCUCAUUGGCAAAGCUGACGGCCCAGGCUACAAAUGCUCUGAACAUGCUCCAUUCCUAAAAGACAGCGACCAGUCCGAGAGCAAGCCUGCCACAAACAGCAGCUCCAAGGCUGCGACGAAGGCCACCACCGCCAGCUCGUCUUUCUCCACCAAGGCUGCAUCCAAGAUCGCCCAAGCCUUCAGUACUCCCUCCGCUGCCGCUGACUCUCGUGUGCUCUCCACCGAGGCAUCAUCCAACAACCAGUUCGUCGACUACGUUGGUCAAUGGUCUUGUCACUCUGGGGAUGUCAUCUGCUCUCCUGAUGGAUUCUCCUUUGCCAUUUGCACUAACGGAAAACCCAUCUUCAUGGGUCCCGUCGCCGCUGGUACUAUUUGCCGCUCGGGCGUUAUCACUGCCCGUCAUUAA